CAUCUGCAGCUAGGUAGCUAGCAAGCACAAUCUGCAUGCAACAUAUCCAUGGCAUAUAUAAAAGCAUGUGUGUAUGUUUACAAGCUAAUAUACACCCACACAAUAUGGAGAUGGAGGAGGGCAGGGACGAAGAAAGGGCAGCGGAGUACUGUGUGACAGGAGGGACAGGUCUGGUUGGGGCAAACCUUGUGAAGGCCCUUCUGGACAAGGGGUACAGAGUUAGAACAACGGUUCGGGAUCCGGAGAACGCGGAGAAGGUCGGGUUUCUAUGGGACCUAAACGAGAGAGCGUCGAGAGAGGGGAGGCUGAAAAUAGUGAAAGCUGAUCUGAUGGAAGAAGGAAGCUUCGACGAUGCCGUCGAGGGAGUGGAUGGGGUGUUCCACACCGCCUCCCCUGUCCUCGUUCCCAAGGAUCGCGACAUUCGGGAAACACUGAUUGACCCGUGCGUGAAGGGCACCUUGAACGUCCUCAGAUCUUGUCGAAGAGCAGCGGUUAAAAGGGUCGUCCUCACCUCCUCGUGCUCCUCCAUCAGAUACCGCCACGAUGCCACUCGCGUGUCCCCUCUUAAUGAGUCUCACUGGACCGACCUCGAUUACUGCAAACGCUACAAUUUGUGGUAUCCUUACGCGAAGACGGUGGCGGAGCAAGAAGCGUGGAAGUGGGCGGGGGAGGAGAGCGGGGCGACAGAGUUGGUGGUGGUGAAUCCGUCGUUCGUGGUGGGGCCGCUGCUGACGCCGCGACCGACGAGCACGCUGAGGCUGCUGCUGGGGAUAGUGAAGGGCAUGGUGGGAGAGUACCCGAACAAGACGGUUGGGUUUGUGCACGUAGACGACGCGGUGAGGGCGCAUUUGGUGGCGAUGGAGACGCCGCGCGCGUCGGGGUGCAGGCUCAUAUGCUCCACCACCGUGGCUCACUUCUCUCAGAUCAUUCACAUGCUGAGGGCUAAAUAUCCAUCCUACCCUUAUGAAUCCAAGUGCAGCAAUGAGGAAGGAGACGAUGGCCCCCAUAGCUUAGACUGCACCAAAAUAAUGGAGUUGGGUUUUUCCCCUCCUUUCAUAAGCUUGCCGCAGAUGCUUGACGAUUUCAUCCUUAGCUUCCGCCAAAAGGGAUUCCUCUCCGAUCCUCUCAUGGAUAUUUGAUUGAAUUCCAUUUCCCUUAUUAUUAUUCUUUCUUUUUUUAAUUUCGGAUUUUAGUUUAAUUUAUAUUAAUGGACCAUGUUCGUAUUACACGCCCUUUUUAGUUUUUAUGGGGAGUAUAAGAUAAAAUACAAUUUGUGGUUUCAUUCUUUUGUUAUGCAUCAACCUCAACUCAAUAUGCCAACAAUUCAAACUAGCUCGAAAAUUAGUAGUGCGCCAUCUCAAAUAUUUAAUUAGAACAUUGGAACAAAUUUAUCACAUCAUUUUGUGUAAUACCUAGUAAAUAAAAUUACCCCGU